AUGUCCCUAGCAAGCACAACCACAGUGGGAUUCGACACCGCGGCAUCCGCCCCUCCAGAUCCCUCAGCGCCUACACCCCCACCCCAUCUCUUCCGCCUAAUCAAGCGUCUCUCGCCGACGACAUACCUCUGUCUGCCGCGGGCCAUCAACCUCUCCCAAGCCGCGCCCCCCAUUGCUAGCGCACUGACGGCAUUCACGACGCUCCCCAAUGACAAUGUGCGCAUGCAGCAGCAAGCGUGGAACGUCGAGCAUCCGUGGAACGACGUGUUGGUGUGGAUGAUGCAGCACAACGGCGCCAGCCUGCUGUCUGCUCGCGUACUUGACCUACUGCCGCAGGUUGUAGUCGUGUCAAUGGGCGAUGCGGUUCGUCAGGUGUGCGAAGCGCUCGAAGAGGUGAACCGGCAUGAGGCGUCGUCGCUGUAUGUGAGCAUGAUGGUUAAGUCGCAGUUGACCAAGGCGCGUCAGAGUAGGUGGGUGGUGAUGGCGCCUGUGUUUGGACUGACGCUGGAGGCAUAUGGCAAGGAGGAGAUGGAGGUGGGAGGCAUAGCGAACUGGAUGGUGGCGCACAUCUUCCUUGCUCUGCUCGAUUCGGUGGCGCAUGUGCAUGCUUCUGGCGUAGCACAUGGCGCGCUGACCAGUGCGGGUGUUGUGCUGGACGUCUACCCGCGUGUGGUUUGGCAUCGAUUCCGCGGAUAUCCAGAUGUUGUGCUGUCUUCCUUCGCUGCCGCUGUGCCCAUUGAUGCAGCUGGAGAAGAAAAGGACGCGUUCGCGGUUCUUCGCGUCAUGGAAGAGGUCAUCGCGAACUGGAGCGAUGCGACGCCUUUUGUCAGGCAUGCUGAGGGCGACGCGGACAUGGUGACAGACGACCCGAUUCUGCUUGUUCUGCGCGAUAUACGUCUCUUACACGCCACGCCUUCUCCUUCCCUGGUGGACAUCCGAGCCCAGUUCGAAGUGAGGCUCAUCGACAUCCGCGCCAGCGGUCCAGCGCAGCUACCACGCCCCACCUGUCAGCGUCUGCACUCCGAUCUCGCUACCCAAGCAGAGUUCGAACGCGCUUUGCGUGAACCAGCCGUCAUCAGAUUCGAGGAUAGGUACGAAGACUUCAUCAAGAUUAUGGCGGACGAGCCGGUGGAGAUGGGUGCUGGAGGACAUGCGGGAAUGAAGACGAAGCAGAUCAUGGUGAUGAGGUUCGCAGCGAAGAAGAGCGAGUUCUUGGGGGUCAUUGGCGUGGUUGAAGAGGCGCGAGAGGGCACGGAUGAGGAUGGAGAUUUUAAGUGGGAUGAUGGACAUGAGAUGGUCGUUGACGUGGCGGAGCCUGUGCUUCCUGGACAACACCAGAGCAUUUUUGGCGGGGAUUUGGAGUGGAAAUGA